AUGUCCGCCAGCUCGACCAUGCAGGUCAAGAUGGGCGGCCGUGUCAUCAGCCCGUCCAACACCACCCCACCGCGCCAUCCAGCUAGCGUCUUCAAGCCAGGGGCGAAGGCCACCUUCUUCGACCUACCUGUCGAGACACGCCUGCAGAUCUACGGCUACAUCCUCGAGGAGCAUUCGCCAAUCGCACUCACGAUCAUCAGACGUCAUGGCGCUCCCCGCGAAGUCGCUCGCCGUGCCAACCAGCGCGACAAGCAUCAUCGCGGAUUGAUCUGGAACAGGGAAGACCGGAUCUGGGUCGCAGCACCGCCCACAUACACUGCCCUCAUCUUCGUCAAUCGCCAGGUCUACACCGAGGCUACCGAAAUCCUUUAUGGCAACAAUGCGUUCCAGUUCUCCUCGACGACGGCGCUAAAAGACUUCCUCGAACACCUCGGCCAGCGCGCCAGACACCUCCGCUACAUCAGCAUCGACGCCGGCGGCUACGUCUUCUCCAGCAUCCGCGCCGCCCUUGGCUACUUGCAGCAGGCAAAGGGGCUGAAGAAGCUCGAGUUCGCUCACAAAGACUUCUGCACCACUUCGAACGCUAGCAAGCCAAUCACGACACCCAUCAGACUCAUCUUGGACUGCACGGGAUUGCUGAAGACCCUGCACGCCGUCUACAAGUCACGGAAGUUGUCGGGUAGCGUGCUUAAUUUGGUGUCCAUCGCUGGCAACACUCCCUGCCGUGUCUGCAGCCCUAAAUAUUUUACGGAUCCGCGCGGCUAUGAUCGAUACGGAAGCCAAGGCGACUGUAACUGCGUGUGCGCCGACGCGGACAAGAUUCACGAGAGCUUGUGCGCUAGCAUACGCUCGAGGAUUGCCAAGGUGCUGCGCAUCUCGGAGGACAAGGGAGAUCAGGGCAAGUGA